AUGAAGCCAGCCAUGGAAACUGCAGCGGAGGAAAAUACUGAACAAAGCCAAGAGAGAAAAGUGAACAGCAGAGCUGAAAUGGAAAUUGGCAGGUACCACUGGAUGUACCCAGGCUCAAAGAACCAUCAGUACCGUCCCGUGCCAACCCUGGGGGACAGGGCUGGCCCCUUGAGCAGUCCAGGCUGCUUUGAAUGCUGCAUCAAGUGUCUGGGAGGAGUUCCCUAUGCCUCCCUGGUGGCCACCAUCCUGUGCUUCUCAGGAGUCGCCUUAUUCUGUGGCUGUGGGCAUGUGGCUCUCGCAGGCUCCGUGGCAAUUCUUGAGCAACACUUCUCUACCAACACCAGUGACCACGCCUUGCUGAGUGAAGUGAUCCAACUGAUGCAGUAUGUCAUCUAUGGAAUUGCAUCCUUCUUCUUCUUGUAUGGUAUCAUUCUGUUGGCAGAAGGCUUUUACACCACAAGUGCAGUGAAAGAGCUGCACGGUGAGUUUAAAACAACUGCCUGUGGCCGAUGCAUCAGUGGCAUGUUCGUUUUCCUCACAUAUGUGCUGGGAGUGGCCUGGCUGGGUGUGUUCGGCUUCUCUGCGGUGCCUGUGUUUAUGUUCUACAACAUAUGGUCAACCUGUGAAGUCAUCAAAUCCCCACAAACCAACGGGACCUCGGGUGUUGAGCAGAUCUGUGUGGAUGUCCGGCAAUAUGGUAUCAUUCCCUGGAACGCUUUCCCAGGCAAAAUCUGUGGCUCUGCCCUGGAGAACAUCUGCAACACGAAUGAGUUCUACAUGUCCUAUCACCUGUUCAUUGUGGCUUGUGCUGGAGCUGGUGCCACCGUCAUUGCCCUGAUCCACUUCCUCAUGAUACUGUCUUCUAACUGGGCUUACUUAAAGGAUGCAAGCAAAAUGCAGGCUUACCAGGAUAUCAAAGCAAAGGAAGAACAGGAACUGCAAGAUAUCCAGUCUCGGUCAAAAGAACAACUCAAUUCUUACACUUAGAAGUGUUUGCCAGAGUGUGUCAGCCGACGAAUUUACAGCUCUGACAAAUCAUCAGACAGCUGCUCUGCAGUACAGAUGU